ACUUAUUUCCUCAUUCUGUGGUAACUGAUACUUGUAUAAAUAUGCCAUCAGCUUAUCUUUCGUGCAAACAGAAGUCUUCUCUCUGUAUCCAAGAGACACCAAAUACUCAAACAAGAUUUCAGCCAUGAAGUACCUCAGUGUUUUAUUGUUGGCUGUUGUUGGCAUCGCCACAGUCACAGCACAUUAUGGCCAUCACGGCAUGUACAGAGGUUAUGGUUCAAUGUAUGGUAUGGGUUAUGGAUAUCCACGCUUUGGUUAUGGUUCCCUUUAUGGAGGUUACGGAGGAAUGGGUUAUGGAUAUGGUGGAAUUGGCUAUGGUUCUAUGUAUGGUGGCUAUGGAUAUCCGUACGGUGGAAUCAGUUAUGGAUCAAUGUAUGGCGGUUUAGGCUAUGGAGGUUAUAGAAGAUUUGGCGGAUAUGGUAACAAGUAUGGAAAAUACCCACGUUACAUUUCCAAUAAGAAAUAUGGAUACGGAUAUUGAUCUGAAAGGAAUUGUUGAUUCACCAUUGUCAUUUUGAAAGCCAAACAGAAAAUUUAAAUACCCAAUCAUGUGAUGUAGGUGUAUUAAUUUUACCCGGAGCUACCAUAGGAAUACAACAUAAGUAAACAACAAAAAUUAAGGCAUUUAUUGGACAAUAAUAUAGAGUAUGUAAACCAGUCACGUGUGUGUGUGUGCGUGCGUGCGUGCGUGCGUGUUUUAUUUCUUUCUUUCUUUUGGUUAAUUACAUUUAAUAUACAAAACAAAAUAAUAUGACUCGUUGCUGUAAUUGUUUUAUCAAUUUAAUAAGAUAUGUAAUCUUUUCUUCUGGUGUAAAUGUAUUUUGUUAUUAUGUAUAUUUAAGUUAAUUAUUAAAGUGCAAUAAGAAACACU